CACGUGUAUUGACUCACCGUGGUAUAUAUACUACCUUGAAACUCCAUUCAUACUGUCAGCAUUCACUCACACAGGUGAGAGAGAAGGGGAGGGAGGAGGAAGAUAGAGAGACGAAGAGAGAGGACUAAAUGACCCCCAUACAGAAACAGCGGUCAGUUGAGCUCGAACCUAACAGCGGCGAAGAGAGAGAGGGAGGCGGGCAGCGCGUUGUCAAGCCCAACCGGAAGCCAAGGCAUGGACGGGCAGGUUAAGGAGGUGAGAGGACCCACGGACCGUCCAACCGGACUCAAAGCUGACCGCCACAACGCUUUCGAUUAGUGGGAACGUGACGUAAGCACACCACGCUACACUACAGGCGGCUUGAGCCCCGAGGGAGAGAUCUUGGCUGAAGCGGAGCGGGUGGGCCGUACUUCGAGAUACUUAGUUCAGGGUAGCGAGCGCCCGAGACCAAACGCCUUGUGAGGGGGACGGUCGCUCGACGGUCUACCGUGAGCUCGGAAAAGCAGGGAGGGGCAGGUCGCACAUAGGCAUGGCCUGUUAUAAACUCAUAUAUUUCAACGUGCGAGGGAGGGCGGAGUUGACUCGUCUGUGCUUUGCUGCAGCGGGGCUUAACUUUGACGACGUGAGGAUUCCCAAUAAUGAAUGGGCGACGAUGAAAUCGACUACCCGUUUUGGGAUGUUACCCGUCCUCGAGGUAGAUGGCAAGAAGUUUUCACAGAGUUUCGCAAUGGCGAGGUAUAUUGCACGAGAAUACGGGUUAUAUGGUAAAACGAAUAUCGACAUGUUCCAGAUCGACGAAGUUGUUGGUCUUGCGGAAGAUCUAAGAGACUUCUUCGUUAAGAUUUACCACGAGAAAGACGAACAGAAAAAGAAUACGCUGCGGGACAAGUUCGACAAGACAGAUCUGCCGCGAUUUUUAGGCUAUUUCGAGAAGUUGCUCACAGAUGCUGACUCAGGUUACUUUGUUGGAAACAAGCUCUCGCUUGCCGACCUUGCCGUGUAUGACGUCAUGGAGUAUCCCCUUGACCAAAGGUCGGACAUUCUUAAGGACAGCCCAAAGGUGAAGGCACACCGAAAUCGAGUGGGUAGCCAUGACAACAUUCACAACUACCUCACAAAGCGGGUCAAGACUGUCAUCUGAUUAUGACGUCAUUCAUUUAUGACAUCAUCACGACGUCAUCUUAUUGGCUACGUACGUGUAUACAUGGCAGCAUAUUCAAUAUCGCACGGUUGUUGACAGAUUUGUGUAUGAAUGUUAUAUAUUGCAUACGAUUUGACCAGAAAUAGUAAGAUAUUCAUUUUCGCGAAGAAAUUCCGUCUCAUAGAUGCGUCGAGGUAGCCUAGUAGUUAAAGCGUACGCUCUUCACGUCGAACACACGGUUUCGAUUCCCCACAUGGGUUCAAUGUGUGAAACCCACUUAAGGUGUCACCGCCCUGAUAUUCCUGGAAUAUUGCUAAAAGCGGCACAAAAGCAUACUCAUUCACUUACUUUCUACAGUUAACUUUACCAAAACAUUCUUCACAUUUUUGAAAAGAUGGCAUGUGUGACAUCCUUUAAACUUUUGUCCUGAAAAUAUUUUCAAAUGUCUUAUGUUCUCCAGUCAUUGUUGAAAACGUUAAAGAUGGCAAUGACUGUCACAUUAUUCAUUUGAAACUAUUUCUAUUAAAUCGUAUGCUUUUCUGUAAUAUAAUAUAUGACUGUACCAAUCAAGUUGGUAACCGAUUUGAUCCACUGACAAGCGUGUGUAAAGCACGGGAGAAUACAUAAUGCGUCGCUAUAUAUCUCAGUUACAUAAAGUCUGUGUGUCCAACAGCAAUUACGCUGCUCGUUCAAAUUGGCGUCUUAGACAUACAUUGUCUUAACCCUUAAUACGCUAAUAUACUGUUAUCACAGAAAGGCGUUUUUGGUAAAGAGUAGAUGGAAGUUAAAUUUAAACUCAGACAUUGUUAAGUUCACAUGACUUUUAAAUGUGUACUUUCUUACCGUAAUGUGUAUUAUAGCUUAUGGACCAACCAUUUAAUUUUCGGGAUGGGGAUUGGUCACUGCUCCAAAAUCAUUUUAUUAAUAAUAAUAAGAAGAAGUGCAUUUAUAAUGCGCUAGAUUCCAUUUACCAAAUGGAUGCUCAUAUCGCUAAAUUAUUAUGCCCCCUAUGAAAGAAGUCGAACAGUUUAAUUUAUUUGUUCAGGUCUUCCCGUAUAUGCAGCUCACAAUUAUUUCAUUGUUUAACUCGAAGGGCCAAUACUUCCCCCAGAUAACUCACCCUCACCGGACCUAAUCCCCACCCUGCCCUGAAUAUAAAAUGCUCGGUCGUUACAAUUUUUGUGUAAAAUAGUCAAAGUCAAGUAUUCCUCUUCUCAUCUUAUCUUUUAAAUGGGCAUCGAUGAUGCAUAGAUGUAUGUGUAAAGAAUGUUCAUGUAUAUUGAAUGCAAGAGGCAAAUCUUGCCACUACCCAAAGAAUGAUUUGCCCGUGAAGUGACUUUUUGUUUCACAAACACAUCCUCAUCGUUGGUGUAAUGUUUUCUUUUCGAUUUAAAAGAUAUACGUUCAAAAGAAAUGCCAAUAGUUUGUCAGUUCAAAUGCUGGCAGGACAUCUUCCCGUAAACCCUUUUACGGGUGCUUCAAAGGAUAUUUCAUUAAUAUUAUGGACUUUGUCAUGUAUAAUUAUGUUUGAUGGAAUAUAGGAUCUUCUUUUACAUGUUUUUUUAAAUAAGGCCAACACAUAUUUUUACGAAACAAGACAGUAGCUAACAAUGAUAGAUAUUAGAUAUUGGUAGUUAAUUUUUCUGCAUGUUAUGAUUCAUAUCUCAGAACAAUUCUCGUACAAACGCUGUCAAAAUGUUUCCCCAGGACCUUUUACAGGUGCUUCAAACGAUGUUUCUGCGAAAUGUAUUGUAAUUUCAUUCAGUUAUAAUUAAUUCAUAUGAGAAAUAGGUACUAUCUUAACAGGAUAUGUCUUUCGGUUUAGGACAAAAUAAUCAUUUUAAAAACAAUACAAUAGUUACAUCAGCGAUUGGUAUGUGCUUCAAAAUAUGUAAGUUUAUAUAAGUUUAUAUUUUUCAAUACGGGUUAUUUUAGGAAAGUUUACCACAAUACCUAUAUGUCACAGGAGGAUUCAGUAUCAUGUUAGUGUAGAGAUUGUACUGUUUGUCCACUGUAUAUAAUCAUGUGUAUAACAAUGAUUCAUCCCUUGUCGCGAACUUUUAAAUCAGGAUUAGUUGUUGGAAUAAGAACACUGCCCGAUUAGUUUUUUAUCAACCUUGUGCUCAGGAAGCUACUCUGAAAAAAUAAACAUUCACACAUAUGCUUUGUCGUUAUAUAACAACAUAAGCUCCACUUAACUACAAAAAAUGGAAUAUUAAACAACAACUUUCAAAUAAUUAUCAUGUUUAAUCUGUAAAUUAAAUAUUCUUGGGGAAGGAGGCGAAGAAUAUCUUUUUCAGUCAGUGCUUCAAGACAAUUUGGUUCUCAUAUCACAGGAUGCAAACAAUUAAUUUGUACUCUAAAAUAUUAUUUCUUGAACAUCCAGCAUGUCUAUUAAAAAAAGAUCACACCAAUGUAACUAAGAUCAUAUUCGGGUAGACCUGUAGUCCGCAUAUAUACGGUAUCCACAUAUAAAAUAUGUAUAUUUACAAACAUAGGGCACAGCAACGAUUUAUUAAAUGUUAUACGUCUUUUUUACAAUAUGUAGCCUUUACACGUUUUUUAACAUAAAUCUCGAUGCUUAUAUACCUUAAAAGAAUUUAUUAAUCCAUAUAUAUACUGACCUGCAAUGGAAACGCACCCUUUAACUUCAUUGAAUAUUUAACUUGUUCAAUGAUUGUAUGACAUCUGAGUUGGUACAAUACAGAUAUUAACAUGACAUCAUCUUAAAUACAUUACAUUAAGGCAUGCAAGGUUAAGUAUUUCAGCUAUGAUCAAAUUUCUGUGAGUCAGUAGUGUUGUUUUACGAUUUGAGGAUCAUGGCACGUCAAAGGGACACAACUCGUCUAAUUGUGGAACCUGGACUCGGUCAUCCUGUCCAAAACACGUAAAUGAGAUUUUGUCAUGUUAAUAUGUCAGAGUGUCUCUGUUCCCCUUAUGCAUUUUCAAAGGGCCAAUUGUAUAGACUUCAUAAACUAUAUUUCAGUAUUGUAGCCAUUAAGGACCAUAUCCUUAAUACUAUUUGUGACAUCUGAGAUGCACAAAUACGUUUCCAUGUUCUGGUAUAUCAGUUGUGGACGCAGUUCCUCUUACCAAAGAAUAGUCAGAUAAUGCCCCUGGCUCUAGUUCAUUCAUUUGAGAUGCGAUUAUAGUCAGACGCAGUCCAGCAUUGUACACUUGUGCCAUGCAGAGAAUUACGAUUAGGUUUACGUAUAUGCCAUGCAAAGACAUUAUCUUAUGUGUAGCCAAAUAAAGGCAGCCAAGUCACUAGUUCGUGUUUAGAGUAACCUGUUCUUGCCACAUACAAAAUAUAGACAGAAAGAAAGCUAAGGGCUGUAGUACGGGGAAUUAUUCGGAAAAAUAAGAAAGUACAAUCCAUGUAUAUUUAUAUGAAAAGUAACAUUUUCCCACCAUAUGGAUCCACAGAGUACUUGAUUCCCGACCCCUAACUCACUGUCGCGGUGGUAGGGUUUUGGUUUUAAAGGUGAGUGCCUUGUUGAUCUUAAAGGUGACAAGACUCCGCCAAAUUGGCAGUCCAACAGAUUUGAUUUUGGUUGUUCAAACACAUCUUUGUUUCCCUUAAGGCACUAAUUGCACAGUCGAGACUAUACUGAAAGUGGGCAAAAGACCUUGGAGAGUACUGUCAGCAAUGUGGUUCCCUUGCUUGUAAAUUCAAAGCGCCAAUGCCAGAGAAUAAUCAGUCUCGAUUAUCUGCCGAAACAGAAAUCAUAAGACGCAAAAGGCAAAACAGUAAUGCAAUUAUAUGGAUGGAUCACUGAAAGUCAGUGAUGGCUCCAGGUGUUCGCGAAAAGGGUAAGCUGGACCUGCUUCUUACGUAAUAGUGUUAUUUGUAUAUCUACAGAGGACCAAUCUCAAAACGUCAGCAAGGCCUACCCAUUACCUACAGCAAUUAACGUUUGGCUAUCUCAAUGGCUAAUUUUUAAUCCCAAACUAUGGAAACAUGGCAUCAGUAAUAGGCGUCUUUCCCAUGUCUCUUGUCCCAUACUUUGCUUGACAGUAGAAGAUGGGGAAGAUUUCAACAAUUGUAUGGAGGACAGCUUCUUUAUUUCUGUUGAGACUGGCUCUUUUUUUUAUCAUAUGAUAAUUACUCCUUUAUCGGUAUAUGACAUAAGUUCCUUUAUCAUCACAUGAUACUAAUCCUUUCAUCACUACCAGCUCCUUUAUCAGAACAUGAAAACAGCUCUUUUAUCAGUAGAUGUGAAUACCUCUUUUAUCUGUACAUAAUAGCAGCUCCUUUAUCAGAACAUGAAAACAGCUCCUUUGUCUGAUCAUUAUUCCAGCUCCUUUAUCAGAAAAUGAAAACAGCUCUUUUACCAGUAAAUGUGAAUACCUCUUUUAUUAGUACAUAAUACCAGCUCCUCCAUCAGUACAUAUGAAUGCCUCCUUUAUCAGUAGAUGACAGACCCUUCAUCAGUACAUGGUACCAGCUCCUUUGUCUGAUCAUUAUUCCAGCUCCUUUAUCAGAACAGGAAACCAGCUCCUUUAUCAGUACAUGGGAAUACCCCCUUUAUCAGUAGAUGAAAUCAGCCCCUUUAUCAGAAUGAUCAUGAUUCCUGGUCCUUUAUCAGAACAGAAAAAAGCUACUUUAUUAUCCGGCCAGUACCUGCUCCGACACCCCCCAACAGUGACCCUUGAAGAUCCGGGGUAGAAUAGGUCUUCAGCAACCCAUGCUUGCCGUGAAAGGCGACUAUGCUUGUUGUAAGAGACGACUAACGGGGUCGGGUGGUCAGACUCGCUGACUUGGUUC